AUUAGACAGUAAUCCCACACUCACAAUGUGCAUGCGCAAACUGAAGUGCGUGCGUCUGGAGAGGGACGGUUUGCUGUUAACACAACGACAAACUGCGCGCAAAUCUCCUCUACGAUAAGUGGCGGUGAUGAAUUAAAUGAGCUCUUAAGGACUUGCUGGCCGCCUGUUCCUCUGCACAAUAGGAGAAGCUGGAAGUGGACCGAGUCACAAAAACAUUGUGUGCUCAUCAAAGCGUGCACACUAAUGCUGUCUCCUCUCAGGACUGGAUGUACACCCAUACUAGCUCAUGGACAACAAGUGCUCACUUGACAUGUCAGUGUCUGUAUCAAGAACAGGAUGUCUAAAUGUGAGCUGAUCGAGCUGAAGGACCUCAGUGUAAAUGAUCCCAUCGAGCUGGCUGCUCCUGUGGCCCGCACAGCUCCGCCGCCCCCUUUAAACCCAGGUCACCCCAGCCACUUCCACGUUGUCCGUCUGGUUGGAGACAGCGUCAGCAUCGAGGCAGGAGAGACCGGUGUGGGUCAUGACUUCCAGCCCUACGGUUACACUCAUCUCACUUGGUGUGACCUGUGUGGAGAAUUCAUCUGGGGUCUUUAUAAGCAGAGUUUACGCUGUGCCAACUGCAGUUAUACAUGUCACUACCGCUGCCGACCAUUCAUCCAGCUGGACUGCAGCACAGAUGGAAGUUUGUUAAAAGACCGGGCAGAUUUCUCUGUCGACUCCAUCGAGACAGACACAAAUGUGGAUGAACAGAUUGAUUUGAGUAAACAGGAAUUGAGUGUUGGUGAGAUCCAACAGAAGGUUCAGGAGUAUAAUGCUCAGGUCAACAGCAGUCUCUACAUGGUGAUUAAUAAAGACGGGUCCUACACUGGUUUCAUCAAGGUCCACUUUCAGUUAGUUCGUCCCAUCUCCCUCCCUCCUCCUCAGAGCCUGGAGGAAGAUCAGCAGGGCGCACUGAUGAAGCGACGUACAUCUUUCUACCUCCCCAAAGACACUGCAAAGCACCUGCACAUAAGCUCCCAAACACGGGUACGCGAAGUCAUCGAGGCAUUGCUCAAUAAAUUUACCCUGGUGGACAACCCAGCCAAGUUUUCCCUGUUUGAACGCACUGACAGACAAAAUCAAGUGUACAUGCGUAAACUGUCUGACGAUGAGUGUCCCCUCUACCUUCGCUUGUGUGCUGGUCCGAGUGAAAAAGUCCUGAGUCUGGUCUUGAAGGAGAAUGAGACGGGGGAGGUGAAUUGGGAUGCAUUUAGCUUUCCUGAGUUGUGCAACUUUCUGCGAAUUCUGCAGCGUGAGGAGGAAGAACAUGUACGACAGAUAGUGAAGCGAUACGCUCUUGCCAGAGAGAUGAUGAAGAAGGCCAUGUCAAGGAUUACUACUCCUGGUUGACCUUGUUUAAAGCCAGAGACAUUCAUCUGAUCCUCAUAUUUGAAGAUGAAGAAGAACCUCCUCCACCGACCAUCAGUGAGAAGGUUUAUAGCUGUGUAAAAGGGAAGGAAAUAGCUCAGAAAGGUUUUUAAAGAAGCAGGGACGCUGGUGUUAUAUUAAAUGUGAACUACGUAAAAAUUUAGGCUACUUUUUGUGCCAGAGUUGUGAAUUGAAUGGGUAAAAUAAAUUAUAGAUUAUUUUGGAC